AUGGCAAAACCUGCUGUCACUGUUGCUCCGAAGCAAUCCCCAUUAAAGGAAAAUAAGAGUAAAGACAGCUUGCAAUGCGAGUACAAGAGACCUCUAUGGUGGAGCAACGCCGAGCAGCGGAAGCAAAUGAAAGAGACCAUCAAGACGAUUAUCAAGCGCACGAAAACCACUGAAAAGGCCGUGAAGCCGACGGGAUCAGUGAAUCAUGCGCAACCGAUGGGUGCGGAUACUCCUCCUGGAUUGUCACAUUCACUGCCAACAUCAGCUACGUAUUCAGCUACUCCUCAAACACGCCUGCCUUCCGAUGGCGGCUCGCCCUAUUCCCAUUAUCACGAUUUCAACCAGCCACCGCCAUCACAUGACCCGUUCAAUGCCUACUAUGAACCUCAUGUACUUUCCCCACCUUAUGACACCAACCCCUAUUACACUCAAUGCGCACAAACUCCAUACGAGGUCGACAUCAAAACGGAGAGACAGAUGUACGUUGACGAUAUACCGACCCGGAAGGAUUCCUCAACCUCAACGUUUAGCACUUUUCACCCGCCACCGGGUGUGAAUCCAUUCUCCUCCGAGGAUUGGGCGCAAGAUGGUAUGUUCGAGAAUACCGGCGUGUUCGGCGUAGAGCAGGGCCCAGAAUACGAUUUCUAUGCGCACGCGCCUCCGCCUCCUCUCGCUUCGUCACAUUCGGUUCACAUCGAGGUCGACGACUGCGAUCGACCGUUAUUAGAUCAUUUCAUCGACAAUGUACUGAGAUUGACGCUACCUAUUUAUGAAGUUAACGUACCCGGGUCUGCCAGAUCGUCUGUUGUAUUACCAGCGCUGGCAACAAACAAAUGCUAUCUCCAUUGUUGUUUGAGCAUGGCCGCGAUACAUCUGAAGUCAACGCAGAGGCGACAAGACGAGCAAAUUGAUGGCGACAUUAUGCGACAUCGAGUGGAAUGUGUGCAGGCGCUGUGCGCAGCGAUCAAUGAUGACCACCAUCAGGUUUUAGACGCCACUCUUGGAAUGAUCUUUUUCCCUUGUUCGGUAGGCGGAGCGGAAAGCGAUUUGCCAGAUAUACCGUGGCAUUCACACUUUGAAGCUGCUUCUAGUCUGGUUCGCAAACUACAGUUGCAGCAUACAUCAGAUCAGCACGGCGGAGAGAAGCCUCAUCCAUCUUUCAACAUGUCUCUAGCUACCUGGAUUGACAUCAUCGGUGCAACCAUGCUGGGCCGCUCUCCUUUAUUCGCGGAUGCUUAUCGAGUAAAGAAUGAGAGAGGAACUCCAUCUGGGCUCAGCGAUGUGAUGGGCUGUGACGAUCGGGUCAUGUACAUGAUAUCCGAGAUCGCAUGCCUGGAUGCUCUCAAGGCCAGCCAAGCGAUAGAUGGUUAUCAAGUCUGUGAACUGGUGAGAUCGCUGGGGGAACACCUCGACGCAACAGAACCGAGAUCACCGCUGGAGCAUGCCGUGUCCCCAACCGGUGCAAUAAGGCCAAAGCAUCUUGCGACGAAUGUGACCUCGGUCUUCAGACUGGCCGCCCGAAUAUACUUGUGCGGGUUGGUGCCUGAUGCCAACCGGCAACAGGACCAUAUGAAGACGCUAGUUGAGCGGCUGACAACUGUACUGGAAUACAUCCCCGCAGGACCCGAGGGUUUCGAUCGCUCACUUGUUUGGCCCUUGCUCAUCGGUGGAUCCAUGAGCACUCCCAACUCGCGCUUCAGGAUGGUUCUGGACGAGCGAAUAGCAAGGCUUGGGGAGCACAGCGAAUUUGGGAGCUUCGGUCGGACAAUUCGCCUACUUCGGGAAGUUUGGCGCCAAUCGGACGAGGUGGAGCGUGCUGGAGAAGAGCGGAGCGUCCACUGGCGGGACGUGAUGCGGCAGAAGGGCUGGGACUUCUUGCUCAUAUAA